GCAGGCAAACGGCACAGUUCAGUCUCCCACCGGAUCAAUCAAUCACUUUCGACACCUCCACUCACUCAGAUUCUCUGCUCUCUCUCUACUCUCUCUCACUAUUUUCCCCCGCUUUUUCGGUCCCUUUCCUUUUCCGCACAGCCCGAGUUAAUCUCCGAUACAAACACUGUGCCUCGAAGUAAACGACGCCGAGAACCUUGGAAAUCACCACCACUGCAACCACCAUUUUUGGCCGCAUUGCCUCGUCGUUUAGGGACAAACUCGGUGCUUUUCCGUCGCCAUUGUUGUUAUUCGUCCUCUUCUCCGAGCUCGAUUCCGAGCUGCCUCGAAUUCGGAAGUGAACGAACUUCAAUCCGAAUCACUGAUCUCCGUCGAGAAGUUCAAUCGACGGCUCUGAUUGAGUCUCUGGCGAGGGAGAGGGCGAGAGACCUGGAGUUGCGGAAGGAGGCAAUGGGAGGUGCAGUGGUGGCGAUGGAGGUUAGGGUUUCGGAAGGGAAAGGGAGAUUGAGUCGUUGAUGCUGCGUAUGGACAGGAUGACUGCGGAUCAGGCAAAGGCGGGCCCACUCGAAAGGGACAUUGACUUGGCCAUCACUUCUCUGAAAAAAGGGGCACAAUUGCUCAAGUAUGGACGCAGAGGAAAACCCAAAUUUUGUCCUUUCAGGCUUUCCAAUGAUGAAUCUGUUCUAAUAUGGUACUCAGGAAAAGAGGAGAAAUAUCUUAAACUAAGCCAAGUCUCGAGAAUUGUACCUGGUCAGCGCACUCAAACCUUUCAGAGGUAUCCUCGGCCUGAAAAGGAAUAUCAGUCAUUUUCUCUUAUAUGUGAUGAUAGGUCUUUGGAUUUGAUAUGCAAGGAUAAAGAUGAAGCUGAAGUUUGGUUUACUGGUCUAAAAGCAUUAAUAUCACGUGGCCUUCAUCAGAAGGGAAGACCAGAAUCAAGAAGUGGAAUUACAUCUGAGGCAAACAGUCCGAGAUCACACACCCAACAAAGUUCUCCAUUGAGCUCUCCAUUUUGUAGUGGUGAUAGUUCGCAGAAGGAUGGCGUGGAACCGUUUCAUCUUCAUGCUGCAUUUGAAAGCCCUCCUAAAAUUGGUUUAGAGAAGGCUUUAUCGGAUGUCAUGUUAUAUGCCCUGCCUCCAAAAAUCCCCUUCCCUUCAGAUGCUGCUUGUGGCUCUGUUCCGUCCCCGGGAGGCUCAGAUGGAAUGAAUGGACGAACAAAGGGUGCAGGUGUGGAUGCGUUUAGAGUAAGUUUAUCAAGUGCUGUUAGCUCAUCAAGUCAAGGCUCUGGUCAUGAUGAAGUUGAUGCUUUAGGGGAUGUUUUCAUUUGGGGGGAAGGCGUUGGUGAUUGCUUUCUGGGUGGAGGAUCACAUAGAGUUGAAAGUUCUUCUAGUUGUAAGAUGGAUUCUUUUGUGCCUAAAGUCUUGGAAUCUGCUGUAGUACUUGAUGUUCAAAGCAUAGCUUGUGGUGGACAGCAUGCUGCUUUCGUAACCAAACAAGGAGAGGUAUUUUCUUGGGGUGCAGAAUUAGGAGGCAGACUUGGACAUGGUGUGGAUGCUGAUGUUUCACAUCCAAAACUGAUAGAUGCUCUGAAAAAUAUGAAUAUUGAAUUUUUAGCAUGUGGGGAAUACCAUUCUUGUGCUGUCACACUUUCCGGCGACAUGUACACAUGGGGUGGCAGUACUUCCAAUUUUGCGCUCCUUGGUCAUGGGUUUCAAUCAAGUCAAUGGGUCCCAAAAAAGCUAAAUGGACCUUUAGAGGGAAUUCAUGUCUCAUCAGUUUCAUGUGGACCGUGGCACACAGCUGUUGUGACCUCUGCUGGGCAAUUGUUUACUUUUGGGGAUGGCACAUUUGGUGUUCUAGGUCAUGGGGACCGAAAGAGCAUUUCAGUGCCCAGGGAGGUUGAUUCCCUUAAAGGUCUCCGUACUGUGCGAGUAGCUUGUGGUGUUUGGCACACUGCAGCAGUAAUUGAAGUUAUGGUGGGGUCAUCAAGUUCCAGCAAUUGCUCUUCUGGAAAGCUUUUUACAUGGGGAGAUGGAGAUAAAGGUCGACUUGGACAUGGUGACAAGGAAGCAAGACUUGUGCCCACUUGUGUUGCUUCUUUGGUUGAACCCAACUUUUGUAAAGUUGCCUGUGGACAAAGCCUGACUGUUGCACUUACAACUACGGGCCAUGUUUACACCAUGGGAAGCCCUGUUGGUCAAUUAGGGGUCCCUAAAGCUGACGGGAAACUUCCAAGACGUGUUGAGGGAAAGCUAAUGAAGAGUUUUGUUGAAGAAAUUGCUUGUGGUGCUAAUCAUGUUGCAGUUUUAACUUCAAGAACUGAGGUUUACACUUGGGGAAAGGGUGCAAAUGGUCGAUUAGGUCUUGGGGAUACAGAAGAUAAAUUUUCACCAACAUUAGUUGAAGCUUUAAAAGAUAAACAAGUCAAGAGUAUUGUCUGUGGCACUAACUUUACUGCUGCUAUCUGUCUUCACAAAUGGCUCUCUGUUAUUGAUCAGUCAAUGUGUUCUGGCUGUCGCCUUCCAUUUAAUUUUAAAAGAAAAAGACACAAUUGUUAUAAUUGUGGACUUGUGUUAUGCCAUUCAUGCAGCAGCAAAAAGUGUCUCAAGGCUUCCAUGGCACCAAACCCAAACAAACCUUAUCGUGUCUGUGAUAAUUGUUUUGCAAAACUUCGGAAAGCCACUGAAACCAACUCUUCAUCUGGGUCUGCUAUUAGUAGAAGAGGAAGUAUGAAUCAGGGAUUCAACGAACUGAUUCAAAACAAUUUUAUAGAAAUGGAAAGUGGAUCUUCCAAAAGAAACAAGAAAAUGGAUUUCAGCAGCAAUUGUGUUAUUCCCAUAGCAAAUGGAGUUUCUGAGCGUCGAGCACUCAAUGGGACUAGAUCCUUCAACCCAGUUUUUGGAUCAUCCAAAAAGUUCUUCUCAGCUUCGCUUCCUGGCUCCAGAAUUGCAUCUCGAGCAACAUCACCAACAUUGAGACGGUCUAGUCCACCUCGUUCCACAACACCAACCCCAGCUCUUUCGGGGCUUACUCUUCCAAAAGUUGGGGAUGAUGCUAAAAGGAAAAAUGUCAGUCUGAGUGAAGAAGUUCUAAAAUUAAAAGCUCAGGUUGAAGAUCUUACUCGUAAAGCUCAACUUCGAGAAAUUGAGAUGGAAAAAACUGGCCAACAGUUGAAGGAGGCUCUGAAAGUAGCAGGGGAAGAAACCGUUAAAUGCAAAGCAGCAAAGGAAGUAAUUAAGUCGCUCACAGCCCAAUUAAAGGAAAUGGCUGAAAGGUUACCAAUUGGAACAGCAAGAAACAUGGAUACUCGUCCAUUAGACUCUUCCAGUCCCACUCGUGAAGUUUCUACUACAGCCGUUGAGAAAACAAGCAGUACAUUGAAUUUCUCAGAACCAUAUUCAAUUGUAUCGAGCAGUGAGAUAAUUUCUGAUGUGCCACAGGCCACUUCGAAUCACACUGAAGUGGCACAUUCAGAAGCAACAGCUAGGCAUAAAAACAGAGGAGCAAAAGCUGAAACAGCACAAGGGGAUGAAUGGGUUGAGCAAGAUGAGCCUGGUGUAUAUAUUACCCUAGUUUCCUUGCCUGGAGGUGUCAAAGAUCUCAAGCGUGUUCGCUUCAGUCGAAAGCGGUUCAGCGAGAAACAAGCAGAGCAGUGGUGGGCGGCAAAUAAGGGUAGAGUAUAUCAGCAGUACAAUGUUCCGGUGGUUGAAAAAUCCAGUAUUCCGACGGGGAGAGAAGGGUUAGCUCAUUGAGCUGCUAAUAUCAGUCAGGACACAAGUGGAGAGAAGGGUUUUUACCCUCAUUGACCCUUCAUUUUUUCAUUUUAAGGAGGUAAAUGUGGUAAUUUCCUCUCCUCUUCCCGUAAAUUUUGGUUUUAUCCUUCUCGUUUUUUUUCCCUUGAGAAUGUUGUAAACACGAAAAUCCUGUAGCAAAUGAAGCAGCUGAAAUUUACAUGUCUACAAAUGUAUCGUCAGACGACUCAUCGGAGAUAUUUGUUUUUCGGAGGGGAAAUGGUAAGAGCAGGUCAGUCGGGCUUAUGUAAAUUCUUUGUAAGUAGGUUGGUUUCUGGAUUCAAAUUCCGAAAUAACUUUCCUUGUAAAUCCUUCACUCGACAACUAUUUACAUAAAAA